GCCAUCGAGGCGAGCCAGAGCCUGCAGUCCCACACGGAAUAUAUCAUUCGGGGUGCAAAGAGGAAUUUCUGUUAGAAAACAGCUGGCAGAUUGUGAGGAGAUUACAGUGAACUUUGAUUUGCUGAACAACAGCUUGCAGAUUGCAGGCCUAAGUCUACCUCUUCCUCCCAAAAAAUUGAUUGGUAACAUGGAUCGUGAAUUCAUAGCUGAGAGGCAGAAAGGUCUUCAGAACUAUCUCAACGUUAUCACCACAAAUCAUGUCUUGUCUAAUUGUGAGCUGGUUAAGAAGUUUUUAGAUCCAAACAACUAUUCCGCAAACUACACUGAGAUUGCCUUACAGCAAGUUUCCAUGUUCUUCCGAUCAGAACCAAAGUGGGAGGUGGUAGAACCAUUGAAAGACAUAGGUUGGAGAAUAAGGAAGAAAUAUUUCUUGAUGAAGAUUAAAAAUCAGCCAAAGGAACGGCUAGUGUUAAGCUGGGCUGACCUUGGUCCCGACAAGUAUCUGUCAGAUAAAGAUUUUCAGUGUCUAAUCAAACUUCUGCCUUCCUGUUUGCACCCUUACAUCUAUCGGGUCACCUUUGCCACAGCUAAUGAAUCCUCAGCAUUGCUUAUUAGGAUGUUUAAUGAAAAAGGAAUGAAGGACCUGAUCUACAAGGCAAAACCAAAAGACCCAUUCCUAAAGAAGUACUGCAACCCUAAGAAGAUCCAGGGCCUUGAACUCCAGCAAAUAAAAACAUAUGGGCGGCAAAUAUUAGAGGUACUAAAGUUUCUACAUGACAAGGGAUUCCCUUAUGGGCAUCUGCAUGCCUCCAAUGUGAUGCUAGAUGGUGACACUUGCCGGCUGCUAGACCUUGAGAAUUCUUUAUUGGGCCUUCCUUCCUUCUACCGAUCCUAUUUCUCACAGUUCAGGAAAAUCAAUACAUUGGAAAGUGUGGACGUCCACUGCUUUGGCCACUUACUGUAUGAAAUGACUUAUGGACGACCGCCAGACUCAGUGCCUGUAGACUCCUUCCCUCCUGCACCGUCUAUGGCUGUGGUGGCCGUGUUGGAGUCUACGCUGUCUUGUGAAGCCUGUAAAAAUGGCAUGCCUACCGUCUCCCGGCUCUUACAGAUGCCGUUAUUCAGUGAUGUUUUACUAACCACUUCUGAAAAGCCACAGUUUAAGAUUCCCACAAAGUUAAAAGAGGCAUUGAGAAUUGCCAAAGAAUGUAUAGAAAAAAGACUAAUUGAAGAACAGAAGCAGAUUCACCAGCAUCGAAGACUGACAAGAGCCCAGUCUCACCAUGGAUCUGAAGAAGAGAGGAAAAAGAGAAAGAUUUUAGCUCGAAAGAAGUCAAAACGGUCUGCUGUUGAAAACAGUGAAGAGUAUUCAGCAAAAUAUAGCAACUCCAAUAAUUCAGGAUCUGGGGCCAGCUCACCUCUCACAUCCCCGUCAUCACCGACUCCACCCUCUACAGCAGGGAUGUCCACAUUACCUCCACCGCCUCCGCCUCCGCCACCAGCAGCUCCCUUGCUUCCUGCGAGCACAGAGGCGCCUACACAGCUUCCGCCCCAGGCUGUGAAUGGUGUGAGCCGAGGGGCCUUACUCAGCUCCAUCCAGAAUUUCCAAAAGGGAACUUUGAGGAAAGCCGAAACCUGUGAUCACAGUGCUCCUAAGAUCGGCUGAAGAUUCGUGUUUACACUUGGAGGGAAAAGUUCUUUGUUUUUUCCUCCCACCUCCAGCCCCUACAGCACUCUUUUUCCGGAUGAACAAUUGCUGAGCCAGUAAAGCCACAUACUGUUUUGCAGAUGCUCAUCUAAGAGGCUUCUCAAGAGGGAAAUAUCCAAGUAGAAUAAAGUCAGGCUGGCGUUUCUGCCUUAAGAAAUAAUUCGCUCCUUUAUUACCAUUUUAAAGGAGUCUUGUUCAUCCUCUAAUGGGCAUCUUUUGGGGGCAGCAGCAUAUUGGAGUCAACAUUUGCACCAACUUAAGGAAAUGGACAGAAAAACAAUGACAAUAUUCACUCCCAGCAGUGAAUGACCUUUGUGUUGCGAUCCCUCCCAUCCCAUCAGACACUCCCAGAAAUGUUCCCCUCAUAGUUCAUUUCUCUAUAUAAAGCAUUUUCUGGUUAUUUCUUAGAUUAAUUCCCAUUCUUGCUACUUUAUUUCCUCUUAGACAUUAACACCGUAGUCCACAGCAUAGUUACGUCAUGGAGUCAGAGAAGCAACUGAGUUCAUUUUCCACUCAAAUAGACGGGGCCAAGUCCAUAACAUUCUCUAGGUUCUAACAGGAAUACUGCUGUGGUUACAGAACUCAGGGCUGCUAAGGCAACCACUCUAGACUCACGGUUCCUUUGAGUUUGAGUGUAUUGAGACAGAUGUUAACAUCAGGAAAAGCUCUUGCCAAUUAGAGGACCUUCUUAAUCCUCAGCAAUAAAGUUAAGUUUGUGGUUUGGGGGAGGGGGUUACUAUUACAACAAAAGUAAAUUUGGCAUCCAUAGAAAUCAGUUCUGAUUUUUGAAAGAUUUGUCCAAAUAUAUCAUUUUUUUAACGUUACUCAUUAGAUCCUUUAUCCUACAAUUUGCUUAAACCCUUAAAUAAAUUGCACUUUAAAGGAUUAUAAGUAAUCCAUUUAAAAAUUCAAAUACACACAUCAGUGUUGGUUACUAUGCAGAGAGAAUGUCAUUGUGUAUAGUUUCAUUUAAUCUGUGACAAAUGUUCAGCUGUAUUUUUUAUUAAAAUAAACUAUGUCAAGAAAA